GUGAAAACGGCUAAUUUUAUCAUUUCAUUUCAUUCGCUGAUCUGUUACGAUGUCUGGAAGAGGAAAGGGAGGAAAAGGACUCGGUAAAGGAGGCGCCAAGCGUCACAGGAAAGUCCUCCGUGAUAACAUCCAGGGAAUCACCAAGCCCGCUAUCCGCCGUCUGGCUCGCCGCGGUGGAGUCAAGCGGAUCUCCGGUCUCAUCUACGAGGAGACUCGCGGGGUGUUGAAGGUCUUCCUGGAGAACGUCAUCCGUGAUGCCGUCACCUACACCGAGCACGCCAAGAGGAAGACUGUGACCGCCAUGGAUGUGGUCUACGCUCUCAAGAGACAGGGACGCACUCUCUACGGCUUCGGAGGUUAAACUCAUCAACCAGACCAACAAAAUAACGGUCCUUUUAAGGGCCACCCACACCCUUAAAGGGCACAUUUCUACUAGUACAUUUUAUCACGGAUGUGCCGAUAAGCAGGUAUUAGACUGGAAGAGAUCCACAGUGACAGACUACAAACUGAUUGAAAUAAACUUGUUCACUUUUUCUUGUUGACCUUAUAGAAAGAACACUGCAUAAAAAAGGUACCAAUUUAAUUCCAGACGUUAGUCUUAUAAAAAAUACCAUUUUACUUAUAAAAAUCCUGAUGUUCUUUUUGUCUAAAUCUGUCAGCAUGUAUGUUUGUGAAAUGAAAUUUGGAGGAAGAGCAAAAACAAUUGAAUCAUUCAGUAAAAUGUACAUUUCACUGACUUCAAACUGAUCUCCUAUGAUGCUGUGUCAACCAGCACACAGUGGACUAACAUUUGACCUUUGUCCUUUAGUCCAAUAGUGAUGAGGUCUGCUCAGUUCUGACCAUGAGGGUGUUCAAAUAAGCUUAAAAAAAUAAAAUAAAAGUGACUCAUUUCAUGCCAGUUGUGUUACAAAUUCAUCCUUACAUCACUUUUACAGCCCUGCUCUGGUGGGUGUUAAUUUCCCACCC